AUGGCAACUGUAUCUUCAAACUCCAAGUCCAACGCUUUCUCAACCUGUAUAAUUGAUGUAAGCUUUGACAUGGAGGAGUGUCUCACUUUGCCACAUAAUUUCUUGCAUCAAAUCUCAGUAUCGAACUCUUUAGUGGCCAACAUGCCAAUGGUUUCUGUUUCUACAGAGGACGAUGAUAGUGUUUGUUCGGUGUGCAUGGAGGGUUUUCAAUCAGACAUGGGCGGAAAGCAAGUUCAGUGUGGCCAUGUAUACCAUGCAGCUUGUAUCUCCUCUUGGCUCUCUAACAGCAGUUCUUGUCCUCUUUGCCGGUUUAACAUCUUCGGGUCAUGA